GAAGACGGCGCCAUCCAUGACGCCGUGUUUGGCGAGAUCGACGUCGAAGCGCACGGGCCCAACUUCCGCGGCGUCGGCGCUGGCGGCGCGUUCGUCCUCAUGACCAAGGCCAACUUCGGGCUGGGCGUACUUGCGAUCCCCACUGUCUUCUCCAUCAUGGGCAUCGUUCCCGGAAUCCUCCUCAUUGUCGGCAUCGAGAUCUUGCUGGCAUACUGCGCCUCCUUCUUGGGUCCCUUCAAGAUCCGGCAUCCCGAGGUCUACGGGCUCGCGGACGCUGGCUAUGUCUUCGGCGGUGCUGUCGGCCGCGAGCUACUCUACGUCAUCUUUUCCAUCUUCAUGGUAUUCUGCACGGCAUCCGCCAUCGUCGGCGUCUCGACCUCGCUCAACGCCAUGUCGCUGCACGGCGCAUGUACGGCCGUCUUCGUCGUUGUGUCCGCCGUCAUGGGCUUCCUGUUCUCGUCUAUCCGCACCCUAUCCAAGGUCUCCUGGGUCGGCUGGGCCGGCAUCGCGUCGAUCGUUGCAUCGGUGAUCACUCUUACCGUCGCCGUCGGCGUGCAGGACCGCCCGGCGGAGGCGCCCCCCACUGGCCCUUGGGACAAGGGUUUUAUGGUUGUUGCGCACCCGACGUUUGCACAGGCCAUGGGCGCCAUCAACAUCAUCCUCUUCUCGUCCUCGGCUACGCCCAUGUACUUUGGCGUGCUGAGCGAAAUGCGCAACCCCGCUCAGUACACGCGUGCCAUGGGGUACUCGCUCACCUUCUUGACGGUUUUCUACAUCGUCAUCGGGAGCGUCGUGUACCACUUCUGCGGACAGUGGGUUGCGAGCCCCGCACUCGGCAGCGCCGGCCUCCUCAUGAAGCGCAUCUGCUACGGCAUCGCAUUCCCCGGCCUUCUCGCCUCCCUCACUAUUUUCAACCACAUUUCGGCCAAGCAUCUCUUCGUCCGUCUCCUCCGCGGCUCCCAUCACCUCGCUAGCAACUCCUGGACCCACUGGCUCACCUGGCUCGGUUGCACCGCGACGUCCGUCAUCGUUGCAUACAUUAUCGCUUCGGCCAUCCCCAUCUUUGGCUCGCUCAUCGGCUUCAUCGGCGCCCUUAUGUGCCCCCUGGUUGCCAUCAUCCCCGAGCUGUGCAUGUGGUUCUGCGACAACUGGGAGUGGAACGGGUGGCGCCCCGGCCCGCUCUCGCCUGCCAAGGCUGCACAAGCCGCGCUCAACUGUUUCCUCCUGCUCGUCGCCGCCCUCUUCUGCGUGGGUGGGACAUACUCGGCCGUGCUGGAUCUCAUCAACACGACUAUGGAGAACGGACCGUGGACGUGUGCCAACAACGCCGGGUCACUC